AUCACAAUGAUCGUGGCAUGAACCCUAAAUCCUCAACAUGUUUGAGUGCUGUUUUUUUUUUUUGUCUGAUACACGCCCUUGGAUGAGUUCAGUGAAUGGCCAUUGGCCAGUCUCUUCUGAACCAACCAGAGUGUACUCUUACUCUUACCCAACACCCAAUGAAGCACUUGCAGUUUCAGUUUCAGUGUUGAGGAAGAAGAAAAGAUGGAGUGGUGGAUGUCAAUGCCAAAGGUGGAACUCCAUGCUCACCUCAAUGGAUCCAUCAGAGGCUCCACUCUCCUAGAACUCGCUAGAGCUUUGUGGGACAAGGGUCUAAUAGAUUUUUCCCAAGUGGAGCAUGUUAUCCUUAAAAAUGAUCACAUGACUGUUACAAGAAUUGCGAAUGAAGUUGUUGAAGAUUUCGCAUCAGAAAAGGUUGUCUAUCUCGAAUUGAGAACCACCCCAAAGAAAAACGAUUCCCAAGGAAUGAGCAAACGUUCUUAUGUUGAAGCUGUAUUGGAAGGGAUAAGAUCUGUCAGCUCGGUUGAUGUGGCUUUAAUUCCUUAUACUGAGGAUCCUAGAAAUCUUUUAGAAUCUCCAGCUACAAAUGAUAAAUGUGAUGGAAAUAGUAGGAAGAAAAUCUUUGUUAGGCUUCUCUUGAGUGCUGAUCGUAGGGAGACAACAGAAGCAACUAUGGAAACUGUGAAACUGGCACUGGAAAUGAGGCAUUUGGGGGUGGUUGGAAUUGACCUAUCUGGGAAUCCAAAGGUUGGCAAAUGGUAUGUCAAUCUAUCAAGGACUCUAGCAUAGUAAUUCGUAAUGAUGCUUUAGAUCAAAGUCUCCCGUUAUCUUUUUUUGGAAAAGAUACUUGCCAGCAUUGAAAUUCGCCAGAGAACAAGGUCUUUUUGUAACCCUUCAUUGUGGAGAGGUGCGCCAAUCUUUUAUUGUACCUGUUACCUGUGGUGAUUACCUGACUGGUCUGUUUUGCUUGUUUCGUGCUUUUAGGUUCCUAAUUCAAAGGAGAUACAAGACAUGCUCGAUUUUGUUCCCCAUAAUCGGACAUGCUUGUUUCUUUGAGGAGGAACACUGGAGAAAGUUGAAGUCUACUAACAUUUCCGGUUAGACUUUGCAAGUUCACUAGUCACAUUUGUGAUAAAAUAAGAAAGUGAAAAGUGUUAUGAUAA